CUCAACUACUUUAGAAGUUCACUCUUCAUAUAUGACUGCUAAGUGGAGUUAUAAUUUGAAAUUGAAUUAGCAAACCUGCUAAGCUAGCAUGUGUCAUUUAAAGGAUGUAAUGAUAACAUCAUUAUUUUUUCAGAUCUAGGCUGGAAUUUGCCAUUGAAAUAUAAGAAAAUGAUGAGUGAUGCAAGUGACAUGUUGGCUGCAGCGUUGGAACAGAUGGAUGGUAUUAUAGCAGGUUCUAAGGCCCUGGAAUAUUCCAACGGGAUUUUUGAUUGCCAGUCUCCUACCUCCCCAUUCAUGGGAAGCUUGCGAGUGCUGCACCUUGUGGAAGACCUGCGUGGAUUGUUGACGAUGAUGGAAGCUGAUGAGAAAGAAGGCUUGAGAUGCCAGAUCCCAGAUUCAACAGCAGAAACGCUGAUUGAAUGGCUUCAGAGUCAAAUGACAAAUGGACACCUACCUGGGAAUGGAGAUGUAUAUCAAGAAAGGCUAGCACGUUUAGAAAAUGAUAAAGAAUCCCUUGUUCUUCAGGUAAGCGUGUUAACAGACCAGGUAGAGGCUCAAGGAGAGAAGAUUCGAGACUUGGAGUUUUGUCUUGAAGAGCACAGAGAGAAGUUGAAUGCCACAGAAGAAAUGCUGCAGCAAGAGCUUCUGAGCAGGACAUCUUUAGAAACUCAGAAAUUGGACCUGAUGGCUGAAAUAUCUAACUUGAAGUUAAAACUUACUGCUGUAGAGAAGGACAGAUUGGAUUAUGAAGACAGGUUCAGAGACACUGAGGGGCUAAUGCAGGAGAUCAGUGAUCUGAGGUUAAGAGUCAGUGAAAUGGACAGUGAAAGACUUCAGUAUGAAAAAAAGCUUAAAUCAACCAAAUCUUUAAUGGCCAAACUUUCUAGCAUGAAAAUCAAGGUGGGUCAGAUGCAGUAUGAAAAGCAGCGGAUGGAACAAAAAUGGGAGUCACUGAAGGAUGAACUGGCAUCUCUGAAAGAACAACUGUCAGAGAAGGAAUCUGAAGUAAAAAGGCUACAAGAAAAAUUGGUUUGCAAGAUGAAAGGGGAAGGGAUCGAAAUUCUUGAUAGAGAUAUUGAAGUACAAAAAAUGAAAAAAGCUAUGGAGUCUUUGAUGGCAGCAAAUGAAGAAAAGGAUCGGAAAAUAGAAGAUCUUCGACAGUGCCUGAACAGGUACAAGAAAAUGCAAGACACAGCAGUACUGGCUCAAGGCAAAGAUGGUGAAUAUGAAGAUCUGCCCAAUUCUAGUUCCAUCUCCACUUUGUUGGAUGCUCAGGGCUUUAGUGAUCUGGAGAAAAGUCCAUCACCUACUCCAGUAAUGGGAUCUCCCAGUCGUGGCCCAUUUAACACAAGUGUUCCAGAGGAGUUCCAUACCAGCAUCUUACAAGUUUCAAUCUCUUCAUUGCUGCCAGCAUCUAAAGCCUUGGAAACUUCCGAAAAAGCAAACUUGCCUCCUAAACUAGAGACUUCAUUUGAAGAGAAUGAUGGAAAAACAAUCCUUGGCACUGCUGUUGAAACUCAACUGUGUGAUACUUCUUUAACUUCAAGUCUACAAAAGUCUAGCAGCCUGGGCAAUCUGAAGAAGGAGACAUCAGAUGGGAAUAAAGCUCCAGGAGAAAGCAACACGUUAGGGAGCCUCCCUCCCAAACCACCGGGACAUGAUGCCUUCAUGGAUGAUAACCCCUUCGGCACUCGAAAAGCCAGAUCUUCCUUUGGCCGGGGCUUUUUUAAAAUAAAGAGUAACAAGAGGACAGCAAGUGCACCAAACUUGGCUGAAACAGAAAAGGAGACAACAGAGCACCUAGAUCUGGCUGGCAUAUCUUCUCAGCCAAAAGAUUCACGGGGCAGCAGUCCCUUCCAGAUAUCUCCACCGUCUCCAGAUUCCAAAAAGAAAUCCAGAGGUAUCAUGAAAUUCUUUGGAAAACUUAGAAGAAGUCAAUCAACCACGUUCAAUCCAGAUGACAUGUCUGAGCCAGAAUUCAAAAGAGGAGGGAUAAGAGCAACUGCGGGGCCUCGGUUGGGUUGGUCUCGAGAUUUGGGUCAAUCUAACAGUGACUUGGAUAUGCCAUUUGCCAAAUGGACUAAGGAGCAGGUUUGCAAUUGGCUCGUGGAACAGGGCUUGGGGUCCUACCUGAAUUCUGGCAAGCACUGGAUUGUAUCUGGUCAGACACUUUUGCAGGCUUCUCAGCAAGAUCUGGAGAAGGAACUUGGAAUCAAACAUUCACUUCAUCGAAAGAAACUCCAGCUGGCACUACAAGCCCUGGGCUCUGAAGAAGAAACCAAUCACGGAAAGCUAGAUUUCAACUGGGUCACUAGGUGGUUGGAUGAUAUUGGCCUACCCCAGUAUAAGACACAGUUUGAUGAAGGACGGGUAGAUGGUCGAAUGCUGCAUUACAUGACUGUUGAUGACUUACUGUCUUUGAAGGUUGUAAGUGUGCUACACCAUCUUAGCAUCAAAAGGGCCAUCCAGGUCCUGAGGAUAAACAACUUUGAACCAAAUUGUCUACGGAGACGGCCAUCUGACGAGAAUAGCAUCACCCACUCAGAGGUUCAGCAGUGGACCAAUCAUCGUGUAAUGGAGUGGCUGCGCUCAGUGGACCUGGCAGAAUAUGCCCCCAAUCUCAGAGGCAGUGGUGUCCAUGGUGGGCUCAUGGUUCUAGAACCUCGUUUUAAUGUAGAAACAAUGGCUCAGCUAUUGAACAUCCCACCAAAUAAGACCCUGUUGCGAAGACAUUUGGCCACUCAUUUCAACCUUCUGGUUGGUGUGGAGGCCCAACAGCAGAAGCGUGAUGCCAUGGAGUUACCAGAUUAUGUCCUUCUAACAGCUACUGCCAAAGUGAAGCCAAAGAAACUAACCUUCAGCAACUUUGGGAAUCUGAGAAAGAAGAAACAGGAAGAUGGGGAAGAAUAUGUUUGUCCAAUGGAAUUGGGACAGACAUCAGGAAGUGCAUCUAAGAAAGGGUUUAAAGCAGGUUUGGACAUGCGCCUGUAUGACGAUGAUGAUUUGGACCGGUUAGAGCAGAUGGAAGAUUCAGAAGGGACAGUGAGACAGAUAGGCGCAUUCUCUGAAGGCAUCAACAAUCUAACACACAUGUUAAAGGAAGAUGACAUGUUUAAAGAUUUUGCUGCCCGUUCCCCCAGUGCCAGCAUUACAGAUGAAGACUCAAACGUUUGACCACAGCACCUGAUGAGCACCUUAGUCUUUCUUCUGUAUUAUCUCUCCAACACUCACAGUAUAUACGAUGAGCAACAGAUUGUAUAUUGUUUAUAGUUCCAACUUCUCAUUUAGAAGUGGAAAUAGAAAGCAGGGGGAACAUGCCUCUUCUAAAGUUGCCAUGAAAAACAAGACACUGGUGAAUGAGAGUAUUACUCUAUUUAAUGUAAAAAUCCAUAAUGUAUUUAAAGUGUUGCAUUUAAGAUGAGUAUUUUACCAUAGCAUUUCCACUCACAUUCACAGCAUGGAGGAUUUGGGGAGCAGCAGCCAGUAUGUGAAUGAUUUUGUCAUAUCCGUAUUCACAGCAGCCGUCUAAGCUGGACAUUAUGUGUAUGCUCUCAAAAUCAAUAUGUGGAAUCUCCUUAAGCAUUCAGUGUGCCCACCAAAUGCCAGCCACACCUCCAUAUGCCUCUUAUUGUCUUAUUUUUAUAUAUUUUUCUAAAUAUGUGUAUAUAUACAGUACAUAGAAAAAGAGCUUUUAUUUUGUGACAUAAGGAAGACAGUGAAAAGAUCACAUUUUUCAUAUACCAGCUGGUUCCUGGAGAGGUCAAGAUGAUCUUUUUUUCCUCCACAAAUGAAUUUUAACAAUGUCGAUCAUUCAGGCUAAAUUAGUGUAUAGAAAAUUCCCCUUCUUUGAUAACACAUCUCAAAAUUGUUGAACUGUUUUUUUUUAAAUAAUUUCAACCUUAAUCUUGUAUCCUUUUACCUCAUAAGAAAGAACUCAAGGGACAAUUAAAUAUUAUUAACUAAAAUGCAUUCAGAAGUCCCCAUAGAAUUUGUAGACAUAAUCUCUAAAGAAAGCAAAAACAAAACAAAAAUCUUUGCAGUAUUAAGCUUAUUUUCCUUUUUGUUCACUACAUCAUUACAUCAAAAUGCUAACAGUCUGCCUAAACAUGUUUUUAAUUGUAAAUUUCUCAGACUAUCAAUGAAUGGAAGUUUUAAAGAUGAAUAUUUGUCUGGAUAUUCUGUCUCAAUGAAAGUUGGCUGCAAAGUGGUUUUAUAGUGGCUAUUUUGUGAUGAUAAAAUAUAGUUUAUUCUGUAGCACACGGCACAAAUAUCCUUUAUAAAGAAAAUAAAAAGCUGCAGCAAAAACUGUUAUUGUGUUUAUUAUUUUUAGGGAUGUUAGAAAAAUAUUUUGUGUUUUAUUCAGUACUACAUGGUUACCCAUGGUAGCCAACCAUGGGAAAGACAGGUUUUCACAAAUUGGAGUGGGGCUGGGCAGUUCAAUAAAUGCCAUUGGACUUGGUUAUAAAUUGUAUUUGAAUGUCAGUGGUAUAGUUCUUUUAAGCUGUCACCAGGUUACUAAUCUAUUUGGCAAAGAGCUCGUAAUACUAGAUUACUAUUUAUUCAUAAUUAAAAUAAUUUGACACUAAUAACUAUUUGCUUUGAACUCUACCAUUCACUGCCUCGGAAGUAAGGCCUGGUGAUCUGCUUCAGAAAGAUCAUAGCCUUCAAAACCCUAUGGAAUGCAAUUCUACUCACACACGUGGGGUCGCCAUAAGUUGAAAUCGAUUCAGCAGUAACUAACAACCAACGGUAUUGGAAACUUAUUGUAUUUGUAUUUUUUUUUUAAUAUGAAUACAUGCCAUUAUUUGAAAAAUGCAGUUUGUUAUUAAAACCUGGUUAAAAAAUAUCAGGAGACUGUUAUAGAUGCCAAAUAUUCUUUAUUCAGGACAAUGUAACAUAAUGAUAUGAUGUGAUAUGGUUAAAAAAAUUUUGAUGAUAUAUUUUAUUUACAAAAUAUUAUCCACUGCUGGUAUUAUCA